UGUGUGUCUCAUUUUGCUACUGCUGGUGAUAGUCAUGUUUGGUCUACGGACGAUUUACUACCAGCAUUUAUGUACGUCACCGUACGUGCUCAGGUGCAACAUCUUGGCGCUGAAAUUCGUCUGAUUGAGGAUUUCACGCCGCAGCUGCGAGGGAGCGGACAAAUCGAAUUAAUGUUUACGACGCUCAGAGCCAGCUACUUUCAGAUUUGCUGUGAUAAAAAUCUACCGUGA